AUGCGGUGUUCCGCGCGCAUUUUUUGCGAUGACACCCUUUUACGGCAAUGGAAGAAACACCUUACUGAGGGUCAACCCUUGACAAAGGGGGAUGCUUUCAGGCUCAUGCGGAGGACGCUGAAUGAGACACAGCGUGCGGAGCAACAGCAACGUUUGUCGUUCUUAGCCUCAAAAGGCAACUCGACAACCGUUUGGAAGGCCCUCGCCCGACAUAACAUUACUUGGAGGAACUCUUUGACAUUGAUGGACGCCCAGUUGGCUGCAUUUUCGCCUUCUCGGAGGGAAUUUGUGUGCAGCAGACUGGGACCUACGUCCAGGCUGUGGAUGCAACUACCACAUGUUAUCGUGGGCGCCUGGCAAACUGAAGAUGACAUGCUUGCCGUUUUCAACCGUCUUCUGGCUUCAGAAACAAUUGUUCAAUUUGCGUCCAUAGUGCUGGCAGCGAUUCGAGAACGCCCUCAGCUGGGAGGUGUGCUUCCAGUUGUGUCUUGUGUACUACUGCACUGCUAUGAGCUGGGAGGGAAACAACCGGACACGGCACUGAGUUGUUGCCGUCUCCUGGCGCUGGUUGGGGCUGAGAAAUUGCCAAGGUCAGAAAGAGAGGUAUUGGCUUUUAGAUAUGCCAUGUUAUAUGCAACCCAAGGCCAGUGGAGCGUCGCUCUGUCCGUUGUCAAUGCCGCGCACGAAGUCCGGCCUUCGGCCAAACGGCUUCUUUGGUUACACACUUCGCGUAUGGUUCAAUGGAUUAAAGCUAUAGAGUGUCUUCACCCUGUAGAGCCCUCCUUUGUUGCUUCGUCUAUCGAAUACGCCCCGAACUGGCUGUGUGCAUUGAGAACAUACGAGCGGUGGAGGUCGCGUGACGCAGCUCAAGCGCUACUUAUUCGAAAGGACUGCAUUUCCGCUGUGGGAUGGGAGGCUUCUCUCCAUUUUUGUAGUCAGAACGGCGUCGACUCAUAUGGCAUAUUGCGUCCCAUCCUCAGUAUGGUACCUGGCGACCACCCGCAACGAAUGCAAAUACUAACGGACGCCACUCGAGCGACGGGGGAGUCCAUGUACGCCGGAACAUUGUCACGUAGGGCUUUUAAGCUGGCCCAGAGGGGCGAAUGGGCUGAGGCCAUUGGUUUGCUUUGUGGGUGUCGUUACUAUGACGUAGCACUCCCCCUCGCACCGUAUGCAUCAAGAGGCGCUGCUUUGCCCCAUGAACUGCUUGCCUACGAAGGGGCUCUGUGCCGUGUGAAUCUUCCCGGUGGGCUGCAAGCGCCUGUUUCCUUUGAGGAGCAGUUAGCCGUUGCUCUGCAUGGGGACUGGAGACAACUAAAAAAUGUUCAUGAUAAUGCUAGGCUCAAGUCAUUGAUGCUGGCACGAAGUGAGCCGAAACUUUCACCGAAGUCCCCGAUAUUGGAGGAAAGUAGUGAGAUACAGUGCUUCACGUUCCAGAGCGAGGAACUUUCUAGACUUGUGUGCCUUUCCGCCAGCAGCAAAGUCCAGCAAUAUUUUGUGCAGGUUAUCCCUCAGGAGCUGCGCAAACAUCAUUUUGGCUUGCGGAGAAGGGGUGGGCUGAAACCAGUGUCUCCCGACCGAUAUGCCAAGUUUCUAUCGGGUAAUGAAAUUGUCACAGAUGGUGAGGGAUGCAAUGCUCUCUGUGCCAUCGUGGUGGAACAUCUCCGUCUCACCAAUAAGUUGUCCGGCGAGGCAUUCCUGCGGGAGGUUUCGCGCUGCCUUGCAAGCGGGAAAGUUCAACUUACCGCCGGUCUUCGUCACGAGUUUUCAUUAGCGGUACUUCGCGCAACUCCUCAUUUUGGCCGUUUAGAUGCUACCCUGUCGUCCCGCAUUGCAUUAACCACCCCUCUACAUUAUCUUACUGCGCAUGCGGUAGCUUUGGAGAGUUGUAUGAGUGCCUUAGCUCUUACCGGGCAGUGGGAGCGUGCUAUUGUAAUUAUGCAGCGAACGAAACCUCCCUAUCCGGAGUCGUCUGCCGCUCUGGCUUAUGUGGCGCCUCGCCAUUUAGCCUUAAAUGUUGUCAAAUUGCUCUGGAGGGGCAAUCCGCAGGACCGUUGGACUCUUGUUCUGCAGGAUCUGCUUCAUGGCGAUACCAGAUUUGCGACGGAUGAGCUUGUGAUUUCUGCCUUUCGGACGAAGUUCAGCAAUGGAAGGAAGGAUGUGCAGUGGAGGAGGCGUGUACUUGGGGCAUGCUGCGCUUUGCUUCAGUCUUCGCAAUCAAUGCACGAUGUCAUGCAGACAGCUAAACUUUCUACUCUUUGCGCGCUGGACGUGGACGAACAUGGGCUUCAGCGACUACUUCGUGUUUUAUCAUGGGAACAAGCACUAACAGCAAUCGGCGAUUUGAGUGAAAAUAAUGAGGUGAUCGAUGAGCACUGGUUGCUUAUCGCUUGCAUGAAGCCACAUAUCCCGUUUGACGCUGUAAGUAAAGGGGUAUCAUUAUUUCCUUACUCUUUCCUGCUGAAUACCGUGCGCGUUUACUACCAGGCAGUGGAGGAGAAAUCUCUUGUCACUGCAGUCAAGGCCGUCUAUCGGUACCAAAUGUUGGUGAUGAAGGAAUACAGGGCGGAUGCAACAUACCUCCGACCCCUUGUGACGUUACUGAAGGGUCUAUUACUCCAUUAUGACGGCGAAAGGUGGAGUGAUACCACGGUGUGGCCGUUGGUGCGCCGGCUGUUCAACCAUAUCGUGGAAGGUUUCGGAAUGACACAGUUGGGGAGGGAGGGCCGGCGGGGUGUUCCUGUUGCACUCCGCGAGGAUAAACCUCUCCAUGCGCUGCUGAUUAUUGGACUUCUCUACCAUCACCUGAGCCGGGUGAUGCAAAUGCCAAUACCGGCGAACAUCACCUCGCAUCUGUUACGGAGUGCCGCAUACGGAACAAAUGACUACAAUGCUGCACUCUACUUUUUCAAGAGUUUAAAGCAUCCGAACAUUUACGAGCGGUCGCUUCUUGUCUUUGCGCUGCGCGAUGUUGAUGAUGCCAUGACGUUGUUACUGAGAGCGGGGCGCUUUGUACACGACAGACCGGAACAAGCGCUUUUGUGGAGUGACUCGAGGCGCGGCAGUGACAGGUGGUUGUUAUCUAUCGAAUUACUGUCACAGUCUCCACCACCUCGGGGGAAACUGCUGAAUCUUUGCCGAGGUUGGACAUGGGCGGAAGCACUGCGAGUCAUGGAAUUGUUGCGGCGAAUUAUGGGGACCUCUCCGGAAGCUAAGAUGUAUGCUGAACUGGUGCGUGAGUGUCAUCUGGGAGGUGCAGCAAACGUCGUCAUUAGUCCCAUCCCUACCAACGGUGAAGGAGAAUAA